AGUUGAAAACGUACUGUUCCUUCAAUACUCGAUUAUUUCAGAUAAAUUACUAAAAUGUUAAUUGGUUCAUCUUAUUAAUCAGAAUAUGGAGGAGGCAGAACUGCCAAAACCUGGAUCAGAUAUCCCUGAGGGCCUUGCUGAGGUGAACCAGGAGGAAAGUACUCAACUCUUCCCCGAGGACACAGAUAAGAAUGCAACCAUGUUGGAGGGGGAUUUAGCUGAUCAUCAAAAUUUGGCAUCAAAAUUAAGCGUGGAAAACAAAAUGGCGACUGAAGAGAUUUCAACGGGUGUUUAUGAAAUGGAAGCGUCUAGAAUGAAAGAUGAAUUGCACAGUUUAAAAAGGGAACUAGACAAUGCUAAGUCGGAGAUAGCGGUGUCCGCCUAUCUUCAGGAGAGUUUGGUCCAAUCAGAGCGUGAGAAUAAUUCUUACAGAGAAGAGAUUGCAACCCUGCAGGCUCUCCUGGUAGAAGCUAGUCAGGGGUCAGUCCAGGAAGGAGAGGUGAUGAAUCUGAGAAGAAAGGCGAAGGCCCUAGAGUCGGAGAAUCACGAUUUAAAAAUACAAUUGAGAAUAGCAGAGGGCCAACGAACAUUAAAUAAAGGUGGUAACGUUAUGGACCGUGAGUCCCUACUAGGAUCAGCUGUUGUUCUCUCAGAUAAAACAAAGACGAUGGUCAGGAAAAUGAAAUCUUCAGUUGUUCAAUCAGUUAAUCUAUCAGGAGGAUUGACUCCUGAAGAGGAAUUGAAAAGAGCACAGGAUGAUACCUCAGCUCUAAAAUCUAUAGUGGAACCACUAGAGGAGCAGAUUGUUGCCCUAAAGGGCAAACUACGCGAAACUGAUUCUCUUCUACAAGAAUAUGAGAAGAGACAGGCUAGAUCUCUGCUAGAAAUGCAAUGUGUUGGCUCCUGGUUAAAUGGAGAAGAUAAAUCUGUUUUAGAACAAAGGCUGAAAGAUGAGGUUGGGGAUGGGUAUAGUGAGGACGAGGGUCAACUCUACCACACCAUCCUCGCCGCUAGGAUAGGAAUGCUUACUCAGGAGGUAGAAAUGCUGAAAGCAGAUCGGGACGGAGCACUGGGAUUAUUAGACACAGAAAGAAAAGAAGUAAAAGAUCUCAGAGCUAGUUUAUCCAAUUCCAAUACAGCGCUACUGGUCGAACGGUCAGCGUUCAACGAUCAGAUCACCAAGAUUCUUCAGUGCGUUAAGGACGAGGAUCAGAUACAAGAAAUCCGCAAAAUAUCAUCAGACGCUGAAAAUGCCCGAAAAUGCAAUUUAGAUAAAUCAAAUAAAUCCCCUGCCACGAGGGUUGUCAGUAUGGAGGAAUGGGAACGAGUUCAAACUAUGCUUGACACCCUGUUUUCAUCAAAUGGAUCUCAGUUAGAAGCUAAAGGCCCUGAAGCUAGUUCCGAGGAGUUGGAAAGGUCAAAAUUAGAAUUAAAAUUAAUCCAGAAGGAGAGAGAUGAGCUGAUGAAGGAGAAGGAGCAGCUUGCUAGGGAAAAGGAGCAUCUCAGCGGCAACUGUGAAAAGUAUAAGAAUGAUCUGUUAAAGGAAGCUGCUUUUAGGAAAGAAAUUGAAGGAGUUUGGAACAGUAAAGGGGAAGCAUAUGAAGUACAAGUUCAAGAAUUACAGGCCAGGUUAAAUGAUGGUUCAGCCGCUCAAGCCAGCCUAUCUGCACUCUUUAGAGGACUCCAGGAAGCAGUGAAAAGAGAUCUAAAACUUUUAACACGAGACCGAGAGAAAAUUGUCGCAGAGCUGCAACGGCUUCAGGCUGAGAAUGAGAAUUUGGUUGGAAAGCAUAGCGCUUUAUCUUCUACAAUGGCAAAUGAAGCUAUAAAUCUCCCGACUAGUUUGGAGGAGAUGCAACUAUUACUGUUGACGUAUCGAGAAGAUCUGAUCACUGCUAAAAUUGCUAAGGAGAGAGCUGAGGAGAAGUUGGAAACUGAGAUUGGGUUCAUGCGCUCUCAGCUUAACAUUGAACACCAGAACAGAACCAGUUUAGAACAGCAGUUCAAGGCGGAUAGGCAGGCACUUCAGGACCGUAUGAGACUAUUAGAACCAAGUGCUGCGGAGUUAGAAGUGGAGAAACAAAAAAGAAGGAAUAUGGAGGAGAGAGUAGAAGAGAUUAAGAAUAAACAUCAACAAGCACAAACUGAACUCCGUAAACAGUUGGAGUGUGCACGGCAGGCGGCACAGACUGCUGAGGCGCAGGUUAAUCAGAUGCGAGUCAAGCAACUUAGCUUACAAACUGAUCUGGACAACAGUGUGGCAGUACAGAAUGAUUUUGUCCGUUUAUCCCAGAGUUUACAAGUUGAACUAGAGAAAAUACGCAAGAAGAGACAGAGGUCCGAUGGCAGCAUGCCGAUGAUGUAUCCGAUUGUAAUUCUUGCAAAACUGGAUUAUCCAGGAAAGUGAAGAACAACUGUUCACACUGUGGCAGAAUUUACUGCCCUGAGUGUAUAACUAAACAGGUAGCUGCCAGGGGUUCUGGUAGGAAAAUGCCUGUCUGUGAUGUUUGUCACACGUUGUUAGAACGAAAUUCUGCUCCCUACUUUUCCACAGAACCACCGCAUGCGGACUCAUAAUCGGUUGAAAUCGGAGUUCUGCUUUUUUACGCUACAGAACCACCGCAUGCGGACACAGAAUCUGUAGAAAUCGGAGUUCUUUCGCAAUUCGCUACAGAACCACCGCAUGCAGACUCAUAGUCGGUAGAAAUCAGAAUUCAGCCUCAGUGGGCUACAGAAACUCCGCAUGCGAACUCAUAAUCGGUAGAAAUCGAGAGUUCUGCUUCAUCCCGUUAUAACCACUGCAUGCGGACUCAUGAUCGGAAGAAAUCAAAGUUCCGAUUCAUUCCGCUGCAGUAAACUUUCAUGAAAUCUGCCAAUUUUGAUCUAUGUAGAACUUGACCAGCCAAUUUAAAUCUUCAGGAGACACUCUGCAAUAGAUACUAUAAUAUACCAUUAUCCUGCUUCGAUAACAACCGCAUAUGGAGACUUAAACUAGAAGUGAGCAAAAAUAUGCUUCACCCCCCCCCGCCUAUUUCUGUAUGCAACCCUGAAAUCUUCUUUCUGACCGUAUAACUGAACGAAUGGAAUUUUCUAGAAAUUAAUAUUUUAGUCAGCUAAAUGCUUAGUUCUAUGUAUCUUUAUAUCGUUGUGAUUAUUAGUUAACAAAAAGCAAUUUUUGGGAUCAAUGUCGGCCAUAUUAUAUUUCAAAUUCAUUUACAUAUGUAGUUCUUUGUUUGCUGAGGUUAUAUAUGACCAAAUAUUAUUCAUGUUUAUUAUUGUAUGUAUUUUCAAUAUUAAUUUUUUUGUAUUAGUCAGAGGGACUAAAUCUUAUUUUAAGGGGUGUCUUCAUUUUCAAAGCGCAUGUCCGGUUCAUAGCGGAGAAGGAUUAAUGAGAUAUCUCUGAUUUUCUGGCUGAAAAUAAAUCUUGGUUUCUCUUCUAUUGAAGAAAAACUGCGGUUUGUUAUUGGUGUUCAGAUGUUUAAAGGGUACCGUUGUGAAUUGGGCAUGUCACUUUAUUAACGGAGGGUCGCCUAAUAUUUCUUCCACAGCCCUUUACAGGAACUUAGUAAGGUUGACAGUUUUAAAUUUUCUUGUUGGAUUUCCGUAAAGCCUAAAAUGUUAUCAACAUAAAUACCAGGGAACUUUUUGUUUAUCAUUUAGCAAUACUGACCUGCAGUGACCGCGGUCUUGAGUGGCUUUUAUGUAUUUUAUAUUGAUCAGAAAUCGACAAAUUAAUGAUUUGGACGGAAUUAGAAUAAACUUCAAAAUUUCAUGA